AGGCGCCCUGCGAGCCCGCGCCGCCUGCUGCGGCCGGGGCGGCGGCCCCCCGACAGGAGGAGGCGCUGCAGCCUGGACUGCUCUGCCCCCGCGUUGGCUCGGAGGCGCCCCACGAGUCCGCGGCACCCGCCGCGAGCCAAGCGGACGUCCAGCAGCCCGGAGGGCCCCCAAACUGGUCUGGAACGGGGGCGCCGCCGCCGCGCCGGGAGUUCGAGGGGGCGUCGGAGGAGCCCGGCGCCGGGCCUCCCGACGCGGGCCCGCCGGAGGAGGAGAAGAGGCCCCGGCGCCGCCGCCCUCGGGCGGGUGACCUGUAGGGGCGUGUUCGAGGCUUCGGUCGCGGAGGGCCGGGGGGAGGCGAGGGC